CAGACUCUAUAGUAACUCCACAGACAAUAUACAAUCAGAAAUGUUGUAUUUUUAAUGAAACGCAUAGGACAUUCAUAAUCAUUUAAUUGUAUCUCUCUUGUCAGGUAUGGCAAGAUUAACUGCUGCUGAAAAGCAGCGUCUUUAUAGACAGCGCAGAGAUGCAGACCCAGUUCGAAGAGCAGAGUACCUUCAAAAGAAACAGCAGACCUAUGUAAAAAAUAUUCAGUGCAAAAAAAGACUGAGAAUAGGAGAUCUCUCAGAGAGGGAAAGAGAACAGCAAGGAAGAACUGGAGAAUAUAUAAGGCAGAUUACAGGGCAAGAAAGCACAGAGAGUCACAACAGGGCACCUUGACUCCACCAGACACACCAUUAAGUUCAGAUAGUCCAAGGAGGAUACCCAACACAUCCAGGCAAAAAAUCCAUGGAAAAAAUAAAAUACACAGAGAGAGAAGGCAAUGCUACCGACAACUGAAAAAGCUGCAACAUAAACUUGAAAUGGAGGGAAAAAAAGCUGCAAAAUACAAAACAAAAUGUGCCCGUCUAAAGAAGAAAAUGCUGAAAAGGAAUCCUCAGAGCCCCACAACCAAAACAAUAAACAUUCUUAAGGGAAGCAAUGCCUCAUCACUGGUCAAAAAAACCCCUUAGGUUUCACUUCUCUCUUUUAAGUGAAAUAAAGUCUAGAUAUUCUGCAUCAAAAAAAGAGAGGGUCAAACAAAUUUAUGCGCGGCUGAUUUGUGGAAAAUUGAUCAAGAAGUAUAAAUUACAGGCUUUCUGCCAAAAACAGAUUGGCUUUUCAUAUAAAAGGUGGAAAACAUGUGGGAGAGAACUGGAUUUCAUUAGACAGAAGAAUAUAAUCUCUCAAGGUCUAAGAAGCACUGUCAAACAAUUCUUUUUGAGAGAUGAUGUGAGUAGGGUUGUCACUGGAAAGAAGAACACAGUCACUGUGAGAAAAAUAAAAAAGCAAAGAAGAAUUCUCUGUGACACAAUGGUCCAUCUCCACAAGAAGUUCACUGCAGAGCAUAAGCAUGUGUCUUACUCUUUUUUUUGUGCCCAGAGACCAUUUUGGGUUACACAGCCAAAAGAGGCUGACCGGGAUACUUGCCUCUGCAAAACCCAUGAGAACUUGCAGUAUAUGGCAGACAAGCUAUUUUCACUUGGCAUCCUUACUUCCAAAAAUCUGGAGGAAAUGGCUGAUGCCACUGUGUGCGAUAUGACAAAAAAAGAGUGUGCAUAUGGCCAGUGCAAGGAAUGCAAGAUGACUACAUGUUCACUCUUCAGAUCCCCUCAGAACAAAGAGAUAAAUCUGACUCAGUGGUCCCUUGAAAAGAUAAGUCAUGAGAAUGGUUGUGAUAGCUCCACUGUUACAAUCAAAAAGGAAAUUGCUAUAACAGAGGAUGAACUUGUGACUCAGUUUCAGGACAGAUUGUUUAACUUCCGUGGACACAUCUUCAACAUCAGAUGGCAGUAUUCCAUGUACAGGAAACUGCGUGAAAACCUUGGCCCAAAUGAAUGCCUCAUCCAUGUAGAAUUCAGUGAAAAUUACUCCUGCAAAUAUGCAAAAGAGAUACAGGCAGUUCAUUUUGGGGGUUCGCACAAACAAGCAACACUUCAUACGGGUGUGUUGUAUGUCCAGGCUGAGCCAGCACCAGUGCCCUUCUGCACUAUAUCACCAAGCAGAAGACAUGACCCUCCUAGCAUUUGGGCCCACUUGGAUCCUGUUCUUAAAAUGAUCCAAGAGAUCCAUCCAGAUGUGACCUGUCUGCAUUUUUUUAGUGAUGGCCCAGCCUCACAGUACAAGCAGAAAGCCAAUUUCCACCUUUUGUCCACUGUACCUUUCGAGAAAGGGUUUUCCACAACCACCUGGAACUUCUUCGAAGCCAGUCAUGGCAAGGGGGCACCAGAUGGGAUAGGCGGAACACUUAAAAGAACUGCAGACAACUUAGUUAGGCAAGGACAAGAUUUGCCCGAUGCAGAAUCCCUCUUUUACCAUUUGAAAAAUUCUGGAUCAGUUGUACGACUGUUUUAUGUUGGAGAAGAGGAUGUUGAUGUCUGGGUACAAAUGAUGGAAGUGCAACCACUGAGCACCAUAAAAGGAACGAUGAAAAUUCAUCAAGUGGUGAGCACUGAACCCGGCUUUCUAAAAUACAGAGACAUUAGUUGUUUCUGCCAGGCUGAACAGGGUGUGUAUGAUUGUCCAUGUUAUGCACUCCAAGAGGCAUCACUUAGCAUGAAAAAAAUGGAAAAUCCUGCAACAACUAAACAAUCGUCAUUUGAUGGUUCACUUCGUCCAGAGGUCAUAGAGAGUAAACACAGUGGACAGUGGUGUGUUCUUAAUUACGAUGAACAGCCAUAUCCAGGUAUCAUUCAGGAAGUGGAGAACCACAACAUCAAAAUCAAAUGUAUGCACAGGAAUGGCAUAAACAAAUUUUUUUGGCCAAGCCCCAGAGAUGACAUACAUUGGUACAGUGAUGAUCAGGUGAUUUGUUUCAUCCCAGUGCCUCUACCCGUCAACAAAAGGUCUGUUCAGAUCAACCAUGACAUUUGGGAGUACCUUCAAGAACACUAUGAAAUCUAAAACAAAAAAGGGGAUACCAACCAAAACAUCUGUAGGCACACUGCAUCAAAUAGGCCCAGCCCAUAAGCUAUUUUGAAUGUUUUGUAUUAAAUAAGUACAUGAUUUAUUAACUGAAGAUUUUCUGUUUUUUUUUUUUUUUUUUUUUUUUUUUUUUUUUUUUGUACUGUUUAGUGUUAAAUAAGUUUAUGGAUACAUGAUUUGUUAACUGAAGAUGUUCUGAAAUUUUUUAAUGUUUAGUGUUAAAUAAGUUUAUGGAUACAUGAUUUAUUAAUUGAAGAUGUUCUGAAAUUUUUUAAUGUUUAGUGUUAAAUAAGUUUAUGGAUACAUGAUUUAUUAAUUGAAGAUGUUCUGAAUUUUUUUAAAAUUUAGUGUUAAAUAAGUUUAUGGAUACAUGAUUUAUUAAUUGAAGAUGUUCUGAAUUUUUUUAAUAUUUAGUGUUAAAUAAGUUUAUGGAUACAUGAUUUAUUAAUUGAAGAUGUUCUGAAAUGUUUUAAUGUUUAGUGUUAAAUAAGUUUAUGGAUACAUGAUUUAUUCACUGAAGAGUUUCUGAUUUUUUUUAUUCUCGAUUAAAACAGAUCACAUAUUGCCUCACAAUCCAUUGUGCAGACCAUUUUUUGUUAAGUGAGAAACAGGUUGCAGGUUAUUUUACUUUUUUCUCUAAUUGUUCUUAUAUCAGAGUAAAUACUUUUUGUAAUCCUACUCAUGACUCAAUUUCACUAUUUUGCUCAAUAAACUUUUAAUUGUUAAACCUUUUAUGCAACAUGAAGUCUGUGGUGUUAUA